AUGACUCGAUCCUACCAUGCAGACGGCAGUCUGAUAUUUGUAGGCCGAAAGGACACUCAGGUCAAACUUCAUGGACAAAGAAUCGAACUUGGAGAGGUAGAAUCAUGCAAAGAAUGGGGAAAAGAAUUUGAGAACUCGGAACUUACACGGCUUCGUGACUAUCUAUCCACUUGCUUGCCAACAGCAAUGAUUCCGAAACAUUAUAUUUCCGUCGAUUCCAUACCUGUACUUUCCUCGGGAAAAAUGGACCGCAGGUCUCUACGUCAGCUUUCACCCACCCUUAACUCCCAGCAACUAGGUGUCUCGCUAGAUGAGACUUCUGAGAAGCUUCCACCUACAUCAACGAAAGAGUACAAACUUCGGAAAAUUUGGGCAGCAUUGCUCGAUACGGGUGAGGAGAGUAUAGGAGUCAACGACAAUUUCUUUCAUCUUGGCGGAGAUUCGAUUUCUGCCAUCAAAAUGGUCGCUGCAGCUCGAAAGAAUAACCUCCAGCUCACGGUCGCGCAAAUAUUCGAUUAUCCCCUCCUUGCUGACUUGGCUUUGACCACAACCACCGAAAGCAUUUCUGAGGCUCCGCAAAAAUCUCGAGAGGCUACUGACUUGGCAGAGCUAGUCAGUCGAGAGUGGGAUAUUGAUCUUAAUAGUAUCGAGGACAUUUACACAGCAACUCCACUUCAGAAAGGCUUAAUUGCUCUGACCACACGUAAUCACAAAACAAAUACUCUACAACAAGUCUUUCGCCUAUCAGCUGAUGUUGAUAUCGACCGUUUUAUCGCUGCGUGGGAAAAUGUAGUAUCUCAAAAUGCAAUCUUACGCACUCGCAUCAUCUUCACCAGGUCGUCGAUUUUGCAAGUGGUGCUCCGUGAAAACAUUGAUUGGCAAACUGCAGUCAGUCUACAAGAGUACCUCAAUCGCGAUAAUGGUAUAGCAUUUGAUUAUGGCACCAGGCUUGUACGUUUAGGUCUAGUGCCGGAUCGGGACGGCGCUCAUUAUUUUAUUUGGACAAAUCAUCACAGUACCUGCGAUGGCUGGAGCCAUUUCGGCAUGCUUGAUAUGUUUGGGGGAUGUUACGAGAGAGUUGAAACGACUCGAUCACCACCUUUCAAGAACUUUGUUGCUUAUUUUGAAGAAAACAAGGACGGGAAUUAG